CCUUAAUCAAGACUGGGUAUAAAGUUUCAGGUGGUAAGGGUUAAGAGUAUAGAGGGAAUCUUGAGGGGCAGUUUAUCAAGUCAGUUUAUCAAACGUGUGUCUAUGAACAGGGGCGGAGUGAAAGGUGGCAGUGUAGAUAGCCUUUCCCAAGCUUGAGAGUCCCCUCGUUCCGUGGGUUGAGGUUGGUCAUCGAAGGGCUGAAUCUUAGAGUCCAGAUCUUCUAGCUCCCCUAGUUAGCCCUUCCGGGAGCCGCCCAAUCUCUAAUGCAGGAAGGGGAAGGGGCCAAAAUGUGGGGGAAGGCGUGGCAGGAAGGGGGGAACUCUGUGGUCAGGGAACUGUUCUCAGAGCACAGCUGCGCAGUGCUGUCAGCGCCCGAUCCCAGCUCUCGGCUCCUCAGCCCCCUGCCCAAGAUGAUUCCAGCAGUGAUCUUGCUCUUACUCCUUUUGGUUGAACAAGCAGAGGCCCUGGGAGAGCCUCAGCUCUGCUAUAUCCUGGACGCCAUCUUGUUCUUAUAUGGUAUUGUCCUCACCCUGCUCUAUUGUCGACUCAAGAUCCAGGUUCGAAAGGCAGCUAUAGCCAACUAUGAGAAAUCAGAUGGUGUUUACACGGGCCUGAGCACCCGGACCCAGGAGACAUAUGAGACUCUGAAGUAUGAGAAACCACCUCAAUAGCUUUAGAUAUCCUUGGUCACAUCUUUCUGUGGCUUCCAGUUCACCUCCCAGCCCUUAUGGUCAGCAUUGUAUAUGCCUCCACACUCUUAAUGCCAACUGACCUUAUCCCUAUAAUGAUGCCAAGCCCCAUGUUAAUGUACACCAGCGAUUUCUCCUCCCACUUAAAGACUUAUGCUCAGAUGCUCUUCAAUGUGUUUAUUUUCUAGUCUCACUCCCUUGCCCAACCAUUCUUCCCUUCCCCCUCCCCAACUCUUGUUAAACAAUGGGAAGGGAGAUCCUCAAUAAAGCUGU